GCGCUGCGUUCAACCACUGUUGAAACUAGUGGGUAUCCUUCUACGGGUGCGACAGGUUGAAGUGCAAGGAAAAGUAAAACAAACUAGCUAUUAUUUUUUUCUUCAAAGGACCUCCCCCCCAAAAUUAUACGAUCGCCUUUUAUUUUUCCAUUGGAUCCAUAACACUGCGCGGGGCUGGAUUAAAUUGAGACCACUUUUUGUGUUUUUCCUUUGAAAUUUUAUUUAAAAACACCGAACAACGAUGGGUUCCCAAGCGUCCAAAGGAGAGGUGGUUGGGGAGGCGAAAACUGCUGCCGCGGACGCGGCUGCCGUCGCGAAUACGGUUUCCGUCAAAACGAACGGACAGGAGAAUGGCCAUGUCAAGUCCAACGGUGACGUCUCUGCCACAGAGACGGCCGCCACCAACGGUACCACUGACGCCGCCAAAGAGCCCGAGGCUGGCGCAGGAGGGGACGCCAUCGAGCCAGCGCCAGCGGCUGACAAGGAUGCCGCCAAACCGGCGGGUGAGGCCGCCACCAAGGAUACCCCCAAGAAAAAGAAGAAGUUCUCCCUGAAGAAAUCAUUCAACUUCAAGGGCCUGAAACUGAAGAAGACCAAGAAAGAGGAGGUGGUGAAGGAGGAGGCGGCCGCUCCCGCUGAGGAGAAACCAGCUGAGAACGGAGCCGCUGUGGCUUCGGAGGAGAAGAAAGAGGAGGUGGUGAAGGAGGAGGCUGCUGCUCCUGCUACAGAAGCCCCGAAGGCAGAGGAGGUGCAGGCUAAAGCUGAGGAGGUGAAGGAGACUCCUAAGGAGGAGGUGGAGGUGAAGGAGGCUCCUAAGGAGGAGGUGAAGGUGGAGGUGAAGGAGGCUCCUAAGGAGGAGGUGAAGGUGGAGGUGAAGGAGGCGGCUGCUCCUGCCCCAGAGCCCACCAAACCAACAGAGGAGACCAGCUCGACCCCCACGGCAGCAGCUUCCUCCCAACAGAAAGCAGAGUGAUUGUAUCUUGACCCACAACAAGGACUGUGAACUGUUUUUCAAGAGAGAGAGAGAAAAAAAUUGAGUUAUAUAUAUAUAUAUUUAUAUAUGUGUGUAUAUGUAUACAUAUGUAUAGAUAUAUGUGUAUGUAAAUAUAUACACAUUUAUGUGAGAGACUCCUUCGUGCCACUUUUGUCACAAGAUGACAGACUAGAUUCACUAGUUCACUUCCCUGGUUACGACCCCUGGUUACAGCGAGACAUCUGAACCCAUUAGUCUUAUGUGCUGAUUGCUGUGGGACAACGGGGAGAGUGGAAGACACAGUUAUGGAUGGGAGUUGAGUUGUCUUUCUCAAAACACCCAGCUCAAAAAGAUGCAUCAACGCGAACGAGCGAGACACCAACCACCACAUGAAAUAAACAAGAAAUAAACAAAAAAGACCAACUUUAUACAUUCCUAUAUUUUAACCCAACAUUUGAAGUAUUUUGUGGUGUUACAAUAGAGAACCAUUUGAAAGAUUCAGAGAAGCUAUGUCUUGUUUUGUUUUAAAGAAGAAGAAAUCAAUAAGUUUAGAUUUUUAUCUUGGCUAUAAAAAAAUAAGAGAAAUAAAAAAAAUAACAAUUAAGCUUGCUAUGUUCACUGUUGCAGUUUUAAAACGAAGCAGAGUUGUUGAUCUGUCUGUGGUGUUUAAGCCUGACUCUUGCUCGAUGGUCUCUGUAAAUACGUUGGACUGAUUCUGUUCUUUAUUUUGCUAAUGUUGACAGAUGUUUAUGGUUUUAUUGUAAAGUUGAAAAUGGUAAAUAAAUGUUGGUUACCAAAACCUG